AUGGGGCAGUUGCUGAGGCCCAGGCCUCUGACUGAAAUGACCCAGAUGUUCCAGGAUUUUAUGAUGCAGUAUAACAAGUCCUACAAAAGUCCAAAAGAGAUGCAUCAUCGCUUCAAGAUCUUCGAGCAGAAUUUCAAAGCAAGCCGUGAAUUGCAGGCGUUGGAGCUGGGCACAGCACAGUAUGGGAUUACCCAGUUCAGUGACCUGACAGAAAGGGAGUUUGAGAUGAUGUUUGGAAUCCCUCAGCCCAUAGAACUCCCCCUAUGGAAUCGGCUGGCGAAGUCCCCAAAGGCACAAAAACCACCAUCCUGUGAUUGGAGGAAAACUGGGGCCAUCGCAGAAGUGAAAAAUCAGGGGAAGAAAUGCCGAGCAUGCUGGGCUUUUGCUGCUGCAGCCAACAUUGAGGCCUUGUGGAAUAUCCACCAACAUUCACCGCGAAAUGUCUCUGUACAGGAACUGAUAGACUGCACAUAUCCCAUGUACGGCUGCAAGGGAGGCUAUGUGUGGGAUGCCUUCCUGACUGUCGUCAAUCGCAGUGGAUUAUCAAGCAGCAAACUCUACCCGUACGUGAAGAAAGAUCAAAAGUGCCAGCAGCAUCGGAGACGAAAGGUUACUGGGAUUGAAGGCUAUGAAAUACUGCCCAGGGAUGAGAGAGACCUGGCUGAAAUUGUUGCUUCACAAGGUCCCAUAGCUGUUCUUUUCAAUAUGAAAGUCCUUCAGCAUUACAAAAAUGGAGUUAUCUGGAGAACUUCUGAUGACUGCAGCAAGGAAUACCUUGACCAUUUUGCCCUCAUUGUGGGCUACGGGCAAGUUCCAAAACAGCAUGGAUCCUCAGAGGAACGGUAUUGGAUUAUCCAGAACUCAUGGGGAAAGGAAUGGGGAGAGAAGGGAUAUUUCCGGAUGCACCGUGGGGAUAACACCUGUGGCAUCGCCAUGUUUGCGGUGACGGCUUUGGUGAAGAAUUCAGGGGCAAGAUCUGAAGUGGAGGUGGUGUGCCCCAGAUGAGGGCAAAAGUAUAGGUGCACCCUGUGCUUUGGUGGGGGGUGGGGGUGGGGAAGAAGAGCAAUGAGGUGGCAAAAGGGGAGAGGAAAGCUCCCACCUCCAUGGGGAAGAGAUCCACCUGUGUUCUGCUAACUGCAAGCAUGUUUUUCCCCCAUGGUUAUUUUCCUUUCCUGUGUUAUGUGCUGCCACCUACUAGCCAUACAUUUCAGAGCUUCAUAUUACCAAAACAGUGUAUCCCAUCAGGCAACGAACACAUACAGAGUCAACACAUAUAAUAAUCAGAAUUUCUGUUUUCCCUGGCAGUGUGUCUCUAGGCUGAGUAUUGCUAAUUUUAAUCUGCAUGUUUUUUAAAAUACAGUUUUGUGUGACAUUCUCAAAAUUAGGUAUACUUUUAAAAUGUGGUUUUUUAUUUUGCUUAUUUCAGUCUUUAUUUUACUUUUCAGCUGAGUGAAUUUUAACUUUAUGUGAAUUAUUAAGAGAGAGCCAGUUUG